AAGUCCAUAAACAUAAUAAUGAUGGAUCACUUCAAACCAUAAAACUCGUGUUUGUUUGCGUUUGAAUGAAUGCUGUGUAGAGGUUUUAAUGAUGUGGCAGUGUGCAUCAAUUUUUAUAAUUUUUUCAUAGUCUUAUCUACAUUCAAAACUGCAAACAAGUGUAUUUAUGAUGGGGUUAACCUAGACAAAGCCCUAGAGUAAACUUUCUUAAACUGCCCUCAUCUCUUAUUUUACUAUUGAGAUAGGUCAUCUCAAACGUAAAACCUAAAAGUCUAUAAGCUGCUCAUGUUCUUGUUUGAGAACCAGUGAUCUGGAAUAAUAUAAACCUGAAACAAAUUGAAUGAAAAUAAGUGCAUUACAGCUGUCUUUGCACUUAUAUCUCUGAUAUUGUUGGCCUUCUGAACUUUACUUUUACAUUUAUAUACACAGGCUGAUAACAGAGAUUUAGGUUAAAGCAACAAGUCCCAAGUUCAGCCAUUAACUUGGUGAACUUGUUGGGUAACAGCAAAGAUAAGAUACUUUCCCAGUGAAAUCUGCCCCUAGGUCUUCUCCGCUAUUACGCUUUACUAGCUGAUUUGACUUGUUGAUUUGGUUCAGUAAGAACUCAAACAUGGCUCAGCAGGAAUACAAAAUGCUUGGUGACAAAAUGUUCACCUACAAAGGAACUGUUAUAAGUUUGGCAGAAAAUCAUGAUCUUACUCCAGAAUAUAUCGACAGUUUACAGGAUUUUGAAACAAAGGAUGAUGACGUCUUUGUUGUUACCUUCCCCAAAUCUGGUACGGUGUGGACCCAGCGGAUCAUGACGUUAAUAUAUGCAGAAGAUUUCCCGGACAAAGCCAACCAGAUCACAUACGAACAGAUGCCUUGGCUGGAGUAUCGGAUCACAGGGAGAGAUUACAACACACGUCCAUCUCCAAGACUCUUCUGCUCCCAUUUACUCCAGCCGCUGAUGCCCAAAAUGCUGCAAAGAAAAGGAAAAGUCAUCUAUGUCAUGAGAAACCCUAAAGACGUCAUGGUGUCAUAUUUCCAUUUUUCCAACAACUUGAAACAACUGGAUUCUUCUGAGAGCUUCAAUGAGCUGCUGGAAAAAUUCUUCACUGGAUACAUGGUUGGUGGCUGUUGGUUUGACCAUGUUAAAGGAUGGAUCACAAAUCAAGACAAAUACAACAUCCUGAUCCUUACUUAUGAAGAAAUGAUCAAGGACCUCAGAUCCGUCGUUGUGAAAAUCUGUGAGUUUGUGGGAAAGAAUCUGUCAGAUGCAGCGAUUGAUAAAGUGGUGGAGGCAGCAACAUUCAAGCACAUGAAGAAAGACCCGUUAGCCAACUAUGAAUCCCUUUUUCUGACUGCCGCAGACCAUCCAAAAGGACUUUUUUUGCGCAAAGGAACAGUUGGGGACUGGAAGAACUCUUUAACCGUGGCUCAGAGUGAAUGUUUUGACCACGUCUACCAAGAAAGAAUGAAGGACGUUCCUCUUAACAUGGUCUGGGACAUCUCAGAAUUGCAUGGAUGAAAACUCAAGACGUGGCAUACAUUUUACAACCUAAUAAAGAUAAAACCCUAUCAUGAUAAUAAAAGGAAACACUUACAUGACUACAUGACCACAUACAUGUUGGUUACAUGACCAUAUCAAAAAGGAAAACAAUCAGUGAUUGAUGAGGUUAAUAUUGGCCUUCUGAACUUUC